AUGAGACUCCGUGUCUCGGAGCGCCGGAAGGAGACGCGGGAGGAGGAGGGAGUGUGUGUGUGUGUGUGUGUGUGUGUUCAUCGCAGCAGAGAGAGAGUGAGCGAUGGCCACGGGAGGAAUCACUACACUCCCGGCUUCUCCCGACGACGGGGCGAGCGGAGCCUUUUCUCCCGGGAGCUUCAGGGAGCCCAAACGCCUUUACUGCAAGAACGGCGGAUUCUUCCUGCGGAUCCUGUCGGACGGGCGAGUGGACGGGGUCCGGGAGAAGAGCGACCCGCACAUUCGCCUGCAGCUCCAGGCGACGGCUCUCGGGGAGCUGGUGAUCAAGGGCAUCUGUGCGAACCGAUACCUCGCCAUGAACGGCGACGGACGCCUCUUCGGAUCGAGAAGAACAACAGAUGAAUGCUACUUUCUGGAGCGCCUGGAGUCCAACAACUACAACACGUACAGAUCCCGGAAGUACCCGGACUGGUACGUGGCGCUGAAGAGGACGGGCCAGUAUAAAUCCGGCUCCAAAACCAGCCCGGGCCAGAAGGCCAUUCUGUUCCUGCCCAUGUCAGCCAAGUGCUGAUCGACCCCAAACCAGACUGAUACGCUCCUCCCCGACCCGAUGUGCGGAUCCAGAAGGUUAAAAGUCAACCGGAUCGCUAGAAGGGAAGAUUUUUCACCGUCAAGAUCCGUGUGUUGAAAACGCGCUUCCCUUUGGCAUUUAAAUCUAUGAAGCGUUUCAACAGUUGAGUUUAUUUGUUCGUGGAGAUCCAGUCAAACCAAAGAUUAUUCAGACACCGGAUAUAUAUUGUUUCACUAGUGUGUGCAGGACACUAUAUCAUCUAUAAGUGAGGAGAACAAAAUAACGAUGACACAAUAAACCCAAAAAUUCUUCAUACCAGUCGAAUUUAUAACAAUUUGUGGCCAGCAAAUAAUUCCUCCAUUUUGAGCUGACACCGUGUCCUAACCACACGCGACGCGAUAAAAUUACAGCGACAGCAAGUGUGUCUGUCCACACUAGACGCGAC